GGUCGCCUCGCUCCGGGGUCUCCUCUGGCCUUCCCCGGCCCCUCCGCAAGGCCACCCCGACUUCCUGAUCCGCCGCCUGCUCCCAGACGUGGUCCGACGAUGGUGAUAGAAAGUAGAACACUUUCACGGAAGGGGGGCAACCUGAGUUCAGUCUGCGUCCCAUCAUUGUUGAGAUUACAUCCAAGGAGUGUGAACAGCGGAGCAGAGCUCUGUGUUCAGAGCCCGGGACACAUGUAGACAAGAAAGCCGGAGAAGACACUUAGGAUGCCCAUGGUGACGCGGAGGCUGAGGGACCCUGACAUAAACCCUUGCUUGUCGGAAUCGGACGCGUCUACCAGAUGCAUGGCCGAAAAUAACUAUGACAAGGAGAGCUGUUCCUCUCACUUCUUGAAGUACAAGAACUGCCGGAAGUUCUGGAACUCUGUCAUGAUCCAGAGAAGACAGAACGGAGUGAAGCCGCCCAUGCCCACAGCAGCAGAGAGAGACGAGAUCUUAGGAGCAAUGGGGAAGAUGCCCUAUUGAGUGUUUGCAUUAAAAUUGUUUAUUUAACUUAG